GGUAACACGGACGAGCACACACCCCUAAAGCUUCACCCCCACCCUCCCGCACACCCUCAAUUUGUCUCUAUUUUGUCCCGAUUCCCUCCUGCCCUCACUUGUGUAACUUUUCUGGAUUAUUAAAAUCAGAGGAGAAGGAAGGGGCUUGUGGAAGGCUUCGACCAGAAUGGUGAGGUGGUUCCAUCCCAACAUCACCGGAAUCGUAGCAGAGCAGCUCCUGUUGACCCGCGGUGUCCACGGCAGUUUCCUGGCCCGGCCCAGCAAGAGCAAUCCGGGGGAUUUCACCCUUUCAGUCAGGCGCAACGAUGAGGUGACCCACAUCAAGAUCCAAAACUCCGGGGACUACUAUGACCUGUACGGGGGCGAGAAGUUUGCCACGCUGGCCGAGCUGGUGCAGUACUACACCGAACAACAGGACCUGCUGCGAGAGAGGAACGGCCAUGUCAUCGAGCUCAAGUAUCCGCUCAACUGCAAAGACCCCACGUCUGAGAGGUGGUAUCACGGCCACCUCUCAGGUCGAGACGCUGAGAAACUGCUCACAGAAAAAGGCAAGGCUGGCAGCUUUCUGGUUCGAGAGAGCCAAAGCAAACCGGGCGACUUUGUCCUCUCGGUUCUCACCCACGAGGAGAAGCACGAGAAUGUCGACCGCAAAACCAAGGUCACCCACGUGAUGAUCCGAUACCAGCAGGACGGUAAAUACGACGUAGGUGGUGGCGAGAGGUUCGACACCUUGGCGGACCUGGUGGAUCACUACAAAAAGAACCCGAUGGUAGAGAAGAGCGGCAUCGUCGUGCACCUCAAACAGCCCUUCAACGCCACAAGAAUAAACGCAGCCAACAUUGAGAAUCGAGUGCGAGAGCUCAACAAGGUAGCAGACAAUUCAGAGAAGCCCAAACAAGGAUUUUGGGAAGAGUUUGAGGUACUUCAACAACAAGAGUGUAAGCUGCUGUAUCCCCGGAAGGAAGGCAUGAAACCAGAAAACAAGAGUAAAAACAGAUACAAGAAUAUCCUCCCCUUUGACACGACACGAGUUGAAAUUCGAGACGCAGAUCCAGAUGUUCCUGGUUCAGACUACAUUAACGCCAACUACAUAAGAGGCUCACAUGAAGAAGGGCGCCAUGGGGAGGAGGACAAAUUCUUCAUCGCCACCCAAGGGUGCCUGCAGAAUACAGUUAUUGACUUCUGGAAGAUGGUGUAUCAGGAAAAUACACGCGUCAUCGUCAUGACCACAAAGGAGAUGGAGAGAUCACGGAACAAAUGUGUCCGUUACUGGCCUGACCUUCACAAAACCGUGGAGUUUGGAAGGGUGCAGGUGAAAAACGUGGAAGAGUGGCCAGCUCAAGACUACAACCUGACGGAGUUGGAGGUGACCCAUCUGGACAGGAGGGAACCUCUGAGAUACGUCUCACACUACCAGUACCUGACUUGGCCAGACCACGGAGUUCCCAACGAGCCCGGGGGGGUCCUUUCGUUUCUUGAGGUGAUCAACCGGACCCAGAGGAGCAGUCCAGAAUCUGGGCCCAUCGUCGUCCAUUGCAGCGCUGGGAUUGGGAGGACUGGCACCAUUAUUGUCAUUGACAUCCUCAUUGAUAUCAUACACCGCCAAGGCCUUGAUUGCGAUAUCGACAUCCCCAAGACCAUCCAGAAGGUACGGCAGCAGAGGUCCGGCAUGGUACAGACAGAGGCCCAGUACAAGUUCAUCUACAUGGCCGUGCAGCAGUACAUAGACACAGCUCAGAAGAGAUUGGAAGAAGAGCAGAAGAGUAAGAUGAAGGAGAGAGAAUACUCCAACAUCAAAUAUCCUCCAAUGGCCAAUUCAAGGUCCAAACUCAACAUGGCGUCGUCGCGCUCUUCGUCUGUGAUGACAAACGAUGAUUCUUCAAGCGUGUACGAGAACAUCAACUUUAAAAGCCCGCAGACGUCGUUCAGCAGUAACACCAGGAGGUAAAACCCAGCGCUGCCGACCCGCACGUGUUCCUCGCAAGCCUCUCUUGUCAGCGGAGGCCUCAUCUGCCGCCCAAAAAUCCCUCUGGUGGGGGGAGGCGGGAUCGCAGUGUACUGUCGAGAGAGUGCACCUUGCCUGUGGUGAGCGGCUUCUCUCAAGUUGGAACCUCUGCUUCCGCUUCUGGAGUUAAAUCUCCAAGAAGGAGGAGGACUUGUCACGCAUUGCGCUCCUGACCCUUCUGCUUUUUCCUCCAUUUCCGUUGCUGCCUCCAAAAGCCUUUCCUUCUAUUAAUCAAUGAAAGUGCCUUGUUGUCUCGAAUCAAGAUGUUACAUUUCUUCUCUUACUUGGAAGAUGAAGGUUCAACCGAGGGGUUGCGAGGCCACAAAAGUAUGGGAUCGGAGCCAAGAAAAGGUCAAAGCAAGGUCACCUCACAGACAUCCUCACUGAGGCUGCUACUGGUUUUGUCAUUUCAUCAAAAAAUAAUAACAAAAAAAAACAAAUCAUCAACGUCUGGCUUUCUAUUGUUUCUCCUAAUAAAUGUAUCGCGCCGAAAUGUAAUCUUGAUCGUUCAGCUACAGGCUUGGAGUGUAAAACAGCCAGAGUUUUAUUUGGAACCGGUUCACAAAUUUUAUCAGCACUUAAUAUCUCAGCAUGGGCCAAAAAUGAUACCUGACAAAAUAGUAUCUUGUGUUAUUUAAUAACACAAGCUUCCGUUAUGGCCACGCUCAAAAGAAAGAAUGUGUCAAUACAUAAAAUACUCUUGGAAAAACAUUGGUUUAUGAGACAUAAUGUUGUCAUUGUGUGUGGAGAGUCAAAAUAUAAUUUAAUUCAUUGAGAAAACAAGUUUUGUGAAAAGUCAGUCAUAAUAUUAUGAAAAGGUCCAAAUUUAACAACAAUAAAAUUGUAAUUUGCAUUUGAAAAAUAACCCUUUUAUUUUGAAAAAUGUCUCAAUAUGACAAGAAAAAUGUCAUAAUUUCAUCAAGAACAAAGUGUUGUUAUGCUAACGGCAUAAUAUUGUUGUACUGUAUUACAGGAAAAUACUUGCUUUGCUAGAAAAAAAUUGACACGGAAAAUAUAUGUCAUUUUACAGGAAUAAAAUUAGAGAAGAAAGCUGGAAAUGUCUUGAUUAUGAAUGUAUAUCUGCGGUAAAAUGAGCACUGGCAACUAUGUUGUCCGGUUUGACUUUAAGGUGGAGUUUGCAGUUUAAAAAAAAAAGUUUUAUCAUAUGACCGAAUAUUACGAACGUGCGCUCCUCGUCAGUGAGAGGCGUGGCCUUUCAUCACAUACCCGAGGAUCCGGGCACGAAAGAGUGAACGGAGGCUAGGACACAUUCAACUCUUGCUAGCAAACUUGCCCUUUGACUGUACAUUUUACCAUUUUUUUGUUUUUGGCGUGGCCACCAAUUAGCUCAUAACCAGUACUAGUCAGGAAGAAGGCAUGAAAGGAUUCCUGAAUGAGAAGUAGCCAUCUGUGGAUUUAGUUUGACUCGCCGUCCUCGUUAAUCAUCAAGUCUGAUGCGCUUCAACAUCUGCCCCAGGCAAGGGUCACAAGGAGACCCGGGAUAGCGAUUACGCCGCACCAGAUGGCUAUCUGCCCGAGAUUGAGGAAUAGAUUGGUCUCCAAAAAGUAAUUUAGACGACAGCCGUAAUCCAGGCUUGAUGAUAGCUGAGCGCGCAAAGUCUACGUCACUGAUGCGAUAAGGAAGCCGGUUGGAGCGCUGAACCGAGCAAGCCCGUGAGCUAUUUUUAGCCCCUGUCCUCGUCAAAAACAACUGCAACCAUGUUAGUGGAACUUGACCAGGCUCGAAAUCCGUGAAAGAAAAAGUAAAGAGAGCUCGAAUGAAAUUGAUUCAAUUUGGAAUAGACCGAUUGACAUGCUUUAAGUGAUACCCGCCAGGUUUUGUCAUUAUAGCUCUUAAUGACAAGUGAGUCAGGUUUCUUGCGUAAUCCGAGUUUUAAUGAUAAAAAAACAUCACCUGCUCGGCUCACCAGUGGUUUGAAUUUCUUUUGUUUUUGUAACUUAUAUUUAAUAUAUUUGUAUCUUAACGCAGUCUUGACAGUGAAUAGGGGAAAAGUAGAAAGCAUGUUUAGCUGCGUUGUUCCAUUUCGUCAACAUUUUUGGCUUUUCACUGAAACAGUGUCGGUCUCUGCUCAAUACACUUUUAGGGCCUGAUUUACUAAAAUCUCAACGAGGCAGACGCUAAAUUGCAUGUUCACUCUCACAAAAUGAAGUGGUGAAGCAAGAAAAAAAAAUCUGGAAUACUAUCUGACCCUAAGGUGAGGUCCAGUCCCAUGAGGUUGCUGUGUCAGAGAGCCUUAUUUUGAAAAUGAUCAAGUUGCUAUUGUGGGCCACAUUCACAAGUCACCUUGUUAUAUUGACAUCUUUUCUGAUAGUUGUUUUUCUACAAUUGCCACCUUCAUGGCAUUGCUUCCCAGUGUGUUCGAAACCGUGGCUCGUGUACCCUGACUUCAUUGGGAAAGGGUUGGUUGUGUUCCCGUAUUUAUGAACGUUGUCACACAUUGAAUUUGUUUCAUUUUUCUUCCACUUGGCCUCUUUCUUUGACAUGUUGUGACAUCAAUACUUGAAAGUAUGAAAAUGCUGAAUCUUGGACAUUUGUUUUUUUUUUCUCAAAUGUUAAAAUGUUUUGUUUUGAUUGUGUUUGUUUGAAUGUAUAUUAUUAUUCUUGUUGCGUUUCCUGUUUUGAACCAGUUUUCAAGGGGGUGGUCGCGGUGUACUUUCUGCUCAUCCCCUCACUGUGUAUUUACUUGAAGAUAUUUCUUUUGUUUCCUUUCGUAUGUUCUGACGUGAGUCCUGCCUGUUGUUCUCGCACUGGCUUCUGCUCAGUUGCCUUCAAGCUGAACAAGCCGCCGCUCGCAGAGGCAAAAAGUUGCCGAGCGUGGUUUGUUACAAUAAACUUACUGUAUAUGUUA